GCAGUUCAGACCGAUCACUGUCAGCAGAACAAGAGGAAUGAUUGGAAACGGUUUCUACGGAGCGCCAGUGAAUAAAAGCGAGUCAGGGAGGGAAAGACGUGGAGCUAAUUUUGGGCUUUAUUUUGAAAGGAACAAGCGGAACCAGAUGGUGAUACUCCCCAACAUGAUUGACUCUGGGUGUCUUCCCCAGAGAAACGUCAGUAUUUACAUCUAUAUUUUCUGAAGGCAUUUCCGACACUCUCCGUUCGCUUCCGACAGGGAUUCCGUCCGUCGGUGGGACCGCUUCCGAUACACACAUUAUUAUUAUUAUUAUUAUUAUUAUUGUUUUUUUCUUCUCCAUUCCCCCCCCCCCCCCCCCCUCCAUGCAAUGGUGGCGAGCUCCUUCCGUCUUUGUGUGAUUUGGAGCGGUUUCCUGUGAUGUUGCUGAGCGAUCCCCGUCUGCCGUGUGCACUGCAGUGGUGCGCAGCGUCGCCUGGAGAAACACCUGCGCGCCUCCGCUCUCCGCCGGGCGGCCUCCGCCACGCAUGCUGAGUAGAGAAGAGACAACCCUAGGCCAGGUGUCUGUCUGCAUUUGUCGGAGAGAGAGGCACGAGGGAGUCGCGGAAACACUUCACGGCCCGACAUCAUGCAAGCAGAAACCUACCCUCACCGCAGAGAGCUGAAAUGCUAGACCUGAAGAGCGAGAGCGUCACAUCCAAUCAGCAGACUGUUUACAUCGGAGGCGGCCACAAGAGCCGCUUGACACUAGACUCCAUAACAGCAAGCGUGUGGUUUAAGGCCCCCUUCAGUCACAAUCAAGAAAAGACGCAUUAACUGAUCCUUCAUCAGCACUUUGUACUUCUGUUGGGUUCAGCAGCCCAGUGGCGAGCUGAGAUGGAGUGGUCGCUGGAGAGCGUGAGGGAGAUGGUGGCUGGCGGGAUGCAGUCUGUGAGGGAAUGCGAGAUCUGUGCGUUCGCCAUAGCCAUGUGCGUGCUUCUGCUGUUCAUGUGGUACUGCUACAGAGUGGGCCGCGAGCACGGCACCAGCCCCUUGCGAGGGAGGUACCUGAGCGGGACCAGCCGGAUCGGAGGGGUCGUCGGGGGUUUCAUGAGCUCAGACUGUCGGGGCAGGGGCAAAGGGAAGCACGGGUCACUCCUGGAAGAGCAGAACGGCUUCGCCUUCUGCCAGUCGUCCGAGUGCUUCCGAUGCACCAGCGCCGGCGAGAGCCUGAACCAGAGGCUCUACCACAGCCUCCAAGAAUACGCCAAGCGCUACACCUGGUCCGGUAUGGGCCGCGUGCACAAAGGAGUCCGCGACCAAGGCCGGUACCUCAACAGCCGGCCAACUAUCCAGCGGCCUGAGGUCUUCUUCCUUCCUGACCUGCAUUCGGCACCGUUCUUCUCCAGAGAAGUGCAGAGACACGACGUGGAGCUGCUAGAGCAGAGCUUCCCCGCCCUUCUGGCCGAGUUUGAGAGCAUCUAUCACCAACCCCCGGCCCGCAGCGGCUCUUCCCUCCCACCGGGCUGGAAGGCUAACAGCACUCCUCGCGGUCAAUGGUGGACUUACUACCUGGUGAACCAAGGCACCCCUUUGGUCCUCAACGUCAGGAGAUGUCCGCGCGCGUGGCGGGUGCUGGGUCAGCUGCGCACCUUCAUCGCCAACAAUGUCUUCGGAAAUGCCUGCUUCUCCGUGCUGACGCCCGGAGCUCUCAUUACGGAACAUUACGGUCCUACAAAUGUCAGGCUGCGCUGCCACCUGGGUCUCAGAGUGCCUCCAUCCUGUGAGCUCGUUGUUGGUGGAGAGCCACAGUGCUGGUCUGAGGGCAGCUGCCUGCUUUUUGACGACUCCUUCCUCCACAGGGCUUUCCAUGACGGCAACCCAGAGGAUGGCCCCAGGGUGGUGUUCAUGGUGGACCUGUGGCAUCCCAACGUGGCUGCUGCCGAGAGACAAGCUUUGGAUUACAUUUUUACCCCGGGCCGCUUAGAGGACAGGGAGGGGAAAUAGUUGCGAGUGAGAAACCAUUAUUUUUGAGUGAGAGACCGUUGGAGUUUAGCGUCUGUAUGAUUGGGGAGCGGUUCUUUCUCUGCCUAGAGACCAGCUUUUCAUGUUCACUGUGUACAUAUUCUCCGGCUCUCACAGUAUUACUCAUGACUCUACUCUGCAGAUAGCCAGACAUUGGGCCUCUCUUAUCAACUGCCUUUUCACCUGUGGAGCCAUCAAGCAUCGUAGUAAAUCCGUAUGGUCUUAUUUUAUUGCCUACACGUAGAACACUUCACCCAAACCUUGUCAGUUUUAAACAUUUUAUCAUUUUGGUAACAUACUUAAGAGGUCUUGUUGUACCUAAAGUUUUCCUACACGUCGAUGAGUCAUUAGUGUUUAUUUCAAAGCUUCAUAUUUCCUUUAAGUUAUGCGUUAUCCUGUUUACACAGAUUGGUUACUUUUCGAUCAGUAUGAACGGAUCGAAAAGUGGGUGUAAUUGUAAAUGAAAUUUGAAUUCAAGGGAAAUUUGUCUUUGAAACGAUGAAGCGCUUCAACAGAGGUGUCUGCUUCGCUGUUUAAAAGUCAAAGAGCAGAGUGAGCCCGAUAACGAGAAAGUACACACAUCUCAAAGGAAACAUUUUGAAAUGAUAAAAUGAUGUCAAACAGCCCAUUGCAAUGGUAACUCCUAGACACGGCUUUUGGCAUCCGAGAUUUCCGUUUGUGUAAGGGUUAGCCAGGGAGCUUCAAGAGAAAAACCGAACAGAACUGUUGCAGAAUUACGUCAUGCAGAUGUUGUUGUUUUUGUUUUAGGCAUUAUCACAAAGUGAACAGGAUAUACCAGCGCUUCUCAAUUCCAGUCCUCAGGCCCGUCUGCUCUGCAUGUUUUAGUUGUGCCUCUAUUCCAGAACCGCUGAUUCAAAUGGCCAUCAAGUGCUGCAGAAGCCUGUUAAUCAACCACCCAUUCAAUCCAGGUGUGUGGCAGAAGGGAAACACCUAAAACAUGCAGGGCAGGGGGGCGUGAGGACCUUAAUUGAGAAACACUGGAUAUACCAAGACAGAAUAGAUCACUGAACUCCGGCUGGGGGUAUUUUCUGAGCUUGAAAAUAGAACAAAAGGGGGCAACUUAAAACUGUUUUCAUAAACGAUGCUUAACAUGCACUUAGAGAACUCUAAAGGAAGCACACACUGAAAUUCCCACCAUUAUUCAACAAUCAUGCAAAUGAUUAAUAUUUAUUUAUUUACAACAUACUGUUUGGGUUAUAAUUUAACUGUAUUUACUGUACAUAAACCUUCAUGGUUAAGAUGCCAUUUUUCCUAAGUACCAACAUGUGUAGUCCUUACAUCUGACGUAACCUGUUAUUUAUACUCUACACGUAAGAUUACAAACUACUGAAUGUUAAUCUGCAUAUAUUUCAGUGUUGUAACUAAUCGAUCCCUGCGUUGCAUUUUUCUAACUUUGGGCUGAUUUUACACAAGAAAAAAAAAAAAGCAAUUCUGUGUACGGACAUGGAGAUUGUUUGUUUUGAUCACCAGCUAUAGCAGUUGAACGGUUUGGUGUAGAUAAGGAGCCGAGUGCAGGCAAGGUUUUAAAUGAACCGAAUCCAUUCAUGACAUUUCUUAGAACAUAGUGGGUCCGUAGGCCAACCAAUUUGGUCAACUAUUAAUGAAGCCUCUUUUGACAACAUGGAAAUCCUGCCUACAUUCCCACAAGGGCUAAAAAAAAAAUAUCCUUUGGUAUUUUCUUUUAUGUGUCUCUACAAUUCCAGUUGAAUUUGCAUUCAGAUUUUCAGGAUUGGAGCACUUUAGAGCGUUUACAUUUCUCUGAACGACUGCAUUUCUGACACAUUGUCAGUGAUUGUAUUACCCGUCACAACUGGCAAAAAGUCACAAUGGCGCAUAGUUUUUUUUUGUUAACCUACACUUUUUUAAAACAAAAGCACAUCGAGCCACAUUUAAGCAGCACAGAACUGUUACAUAAGCAGGAAGGGAUGACUUUGAAUUUUUAAUGAAGGGCUGGGUACAUUAAAGCAGGGAAUCUUUGGCUUUUUUUUUUUUUUUUUUUUUUUUUUUUACACGCACAUCUAGACAAAAGAGGCACUGCAAACUUUUUUUUUUUUCUUUUUACGUCAGGAGUAGGAUUUGAUAACUGAGGUCCAAUGUCGGCGAAGAUUUGAAUGUUUACAGUUGCGGAUGCUGUCUCCGACCCCCACGCCUGCCGGUGUGGUGGAUUGUUGUGCUCCCCUUUGAAAAUCAGUCCUGUUUUCACUGGACACGGUUGGAUAAGCACAUUUCAAGCUGCAAAUCGGCCUGUGCAGCGAAAACGGACAGGUGAUGGAUGUUAUUUAUGUUUUUGUUUUUUUUUUUGUUUUUUUGGUAACAUUUACUAAGCUCUUCUAAUUUGGUCGCAUUUGAUACACCCGGUUUGUAUUUCUGUAAAUACGUUCGAAGUGGAAAGAAACCCAAAACCCGGAAUGCCCCGACAUGUGCUGAAAUGACUCUCCCCGAUGCUUUAACUAUUGUGUUGUCUUGAUUUUAUUAAAUAAAGUGAUUGCUAAAGUCAUCCUCCGACUGAAAAAGCCUACCAUGAAAAACAAAACAACAAAAAAAAACCAACAACGUUUUCGAUAGAUUUGAUCGGUACGUUCUGUGAAAUGUUUAUGAAGUACUCUCUUUGUUGUUCUGUGAUGUUUUCUUUAGAUCACUGUAAUUUUGCAGCUCGGUAUAAAAGAAGUCACCAACCCGUACUCCAUGAAUACAUGUGCGCAGGCGGUGAAAAUGAAUCCCCUCGGCUUUACUCGUCCGCUGCAACUCAAGCGACCCGUGUUCAGUUCUGAUGUUUACAAAGCCGCGGCCAUUUACACGCCGUCUAACGACACCAGGCAACACUGACUGCUAUGUGGAGCUGUGCGUAAUUGGGUUUGAAAAUCAACAGUGCUGCGAAAACCGGUGAAGGGGAGACACUUCCAAAUCGCUGGCUUUGUGCACGCUGUCUGAUGUGGCGCCCAUUUUGUUUACAUUUGGAUUAAGGAUUUUGUCCUUUAACACUUUCUUGUGUGGAUUUUGAACAGUAUUUCUGUACAUUUAAUAAAUGGUGGAGUAUCUUAUAUAAA